ACUCCGAGGUGUGACCUGGAGCGGGGCCUCCUUGGCCUGUUCUGUAAGGGGAAAGUGGCGAUGGCGCUCACCUGGGGUGAGAAGUAAACACAUUACCAGGAGCCUGGAAAGAGAACUGCAUAGACUACUGGAAAUUGUGAAAUAAUGUCGCAGGUGACAUUUAGUGAUGUGGCCAUAGACUUCUCUCAUGAAGAGUGGGGAUGGCUAGAUUCUGCUCAGAGGGAUUUAUACAAGGAUGUGAUGGUCCAGAAUUAUAAGAACCUGGUCUCUCUAGCAGGUCUUUCCAUAACUAAGCCAUAUGUGAUCACUUUACUGGAAGAUGGAAGAGAACCCUGGAUGGUGGAGAAAAAACUGUCAAAAGAUUGGGAGUCAAGAUGGGAAAACAAGGAGUCAUCAACAAAGCAUAUUAAUGAAGACUCAUCCCAAACAGUAAUAAUGGAAAAAAACAUAAAACAGGGUUUUGAAUUUUCAGAUCUUAACAAGGACGUGAAGUAUGUAGAGAGGUUGGAGAGGGAGCAUGGAUGCCAAGGGGAACAUUUCAGAUCACUGACCUUUGGCUUUCGAAAAAGCCCCAUUGGGGAACGUGUUUACAAAUACAAUACCCUUAGAAGCAUCUUCCAUUUAAAGUCUACUCUUUCUGAACCACACAAAAUUUCUGGUGAAGGGAAAUCACAGAGACAUGAUAUGUCAAGCAAAAACUUACCAAAAAAAUCAAUUAUGAAAAAGGAGAAAAUCAAUGGCAGAAAGAAACAUUUGAAUUCUAGUGAAAAUGUUGCAGCUUUUAGCCAGGGUAAAUCUCUUACUCUUCAGCAGACUUAUAAUAGAGAUAAAGUCUAUACAUGCAGCGAAUGUGGGAAAGCCUUCGGCAAACAAUCAACCCUUAAUCGCCACUGGAGAAUUCACACAGGAGAGAGACCCUAUGAAUGUCAUGAAUGUGGGAAGACUUUUAGCCAUGGCUCAUCCCUUACUCGACAUCAGAUAAGCCAUAGUGGAGAGAAGCCUUACAGAUGUACCGAGUGUGGAAAGGCCUUUAGUCAUGUCUCCUCACUUUCUAAUCAUCAAAGCACUCACACUGGAGAGAAACCAUACGAAUGCAUGAUCUGUGGGAAGUCUUUUAGUCGUGUUGCACAUCUCAUUGAACACUUGAGAAUUCAUACUCAAGAAAAACUCUAUGAGUGUCAAAUGUGUGGGAAGGCCUUCAUUCAUAGAUCAUCACUUACUCACCAUCAGAAAAUCCAUACUGGAGAGAAACCUUACGAAUGCAGUGAGUGUGGGAAAGCUUUCUGCUGUAGCUCACACCUUACUCGACAUCAAAGAAUUCACACAGUGGGAAAACGAUAUGAAUGUAAUGUGUGUAUGAAAGUCUUUAGUAGCCUGUCAUUUCUUGUUCAGCAUCAGACUAUUCACACUGAAGAAAAGCCCUUUGUAUGUCAGAAGUGUAGUAAGUCCUUCAGCCAGCCUGAAUCACUCAAUAUGCAUUUGAGAAAUCACUUUAGAUUGAAGCCUUAUGAAUGCAGUGUGUGUGGGAAGGCCUUUAGUCACAGGUCAUCCCUCUUUCAGCAUCAUAGAAUCCAUACUGGAGAGAAACCUUUUGAGUGUAUUAAGUGUGGCAAGACCUUCAACUGUAGUUCAAACCUCACUGUACAUCAGAGAAUUCAUACUGGGGAAAAGCCAUAUAAGUGUAAUGAAUGUGGGAAAGCUUUUAGCAAAGGCUCAAAUCUUACUGCCCACCAGAGAACACAUAAUGGAGAGAAACUCAAUAGUGCAGUAAGCAUGGAAAAGCCUUUAGACCACAUGAGUCACUAUAUGUGUGAGAAGUGAUGCUAUGAGAGACUACGUGAAGCAUUGUUUGUCAUAAUACACGGCAACCAUAGAUUCUCCCCUAUUCAACACUGAAAAACUUUUAUUGAAAAUGUCUUAUAAUGUAGUGAAUAUGGGAAGACUUUUGGAAAUAGUGCAGAUUUUAUAGUCUAACAGAGAUAUUGUAGGGAAACCAAAUGAAGACAAUACGAGGGAAAGCCUUGUCAGUAUUAAUUCCUCAAUUGACCUAAGAAGACACGGGUAAAAACUGUACAUAUAGCAAAUGUGGGAAAGACUGUAGACAAUAGAAAUCCCUUACAGAGUUAUAAAGGAAAAAAACUGUAUAGGGUACAGAGAAUUUAGAAAUGGUGGGAAGACCUUCAGUUCAAGUGCAUCCCUCAUUUUACAUCAAAGAACACAUACUGGAGAGAAAUUCGAUGUAGCAGUGUUCACUAAAAGUUAUCUUGGUUGACAUCAGAUUACUGGUUGAACAACCUGAAGGAUAUGGGAAUUACAUGUAAAUCUUUCUUUGCAGUGAUACUAUUUAUAAACAAAAUCCUACAGGAGAGCAGACAAGCAUAUUAUCAAUGCAUAUGCACUUGUAGCACUAUCUUGCAAUUUGAGUUCUACACAAAUUAUUUUUAGCUAUUGGGUGUGUGAACUCAACAAACAUUAAUAAUGUUGAAAAUAGAGGCUAUAGAAUUAAG